GUUUCUUCCGGACACAGUUUUCCUGCGCACCACGAGAAAGAAGCGCCGCAUUUUCACAUUUUGUCCAGUGUGGCUGCACAGAUGGCGGCAACGAAGGUCCCAGAGGUUCGUGACAUUACACGCAUUGAAAGAAUCGGAGCACAUUCUCACAUUCGUGGCCUCGGUUUGGACGAUGCUUUGGAGCCAAGACAGGUGUCUCAGGGGAUGGUCGGCCAGCUGGCCUCUCGUCGGGCGGCGGGGGUCAUCCUGGAGAUGAUCAAAGAUGGCCACAUCGCUGGCAGAGCAGUGCUGAUUGCUGGCCAACCUGGCACAGGAAAGACCGCCAUUGCUAUGGGUAUCGCUCAGUCGCUCGGCCCUGACACACCCUUCACAGCGCUGGCAGGCAGCGAGAUCUUCUCUUUGGAGAUGAGCAAGACGGAGGCUCUCAGCCAAGCUUUUAGAAAGGCCAUCGGAGUCAGGAUCAAAGAAGAGACGGAGAUUAUUGAAGGAGAGGUGGUGGAAAUCCAGAUUGAUAGACCAGCCACUGGAACGGGUGCCAAAGUGGGGAAACUGACUCUCAAAACGACUGAGAUGGAGACGAUAUACGAUCUGGGUAACAAAAUGAUUGACUGUCUCAGUAAAGAGAAGGUUCAAGCAGGGGAUGUCAUCACGAUUGACAAAGCCACCGGAAAGAUCAGCAAGUUAGGCCGUUCCUUCACCAGAGCCAGAGACUAUGACGCCAUGGGAGCUCAGACUCAGUUUGUCCAGUGUCCAGAGGGAGAGCUGCAGAAGAGGAAGGAGGUGGUCCACACCGUGUCCCUGCACGAGAUCGACGUCAUCAACAGUCGCACACAAGGCUUCCUGGCCCUCUUCUCCGGAGACACGGGGGAGAUCAAGUCUGAGGUCCGAGAGCAGAUCAACGCCAAAGUGUGCGAGUGGAGAGAAGAGGGAAAGGCAGAGAUCAUCCCCGGGGUGUUAUUUAUCGACGAGGUCCACAUGCUGGACAUGGAGUGCUUUUCCUUCCUGAACCGAGCCCUGGAGAGCGACUUGUCACCCGUCCUCAUCAUCGCCACUAACAGAGGCAUCACUCGCAUCCGCGGCACAAACUACAAGAGCCCUCAUGGCAUCCCCAUCGACCUGCUGGAUCGCUUGCUCAUCAUCGCCACCUCCCCGUACACGGAGAAGGAGACGAGGCAGAUCCUCAAGAUCAGGUGUGAGGAGGAGGAUGUGGAGCUGAGCGACGAGGCUCACGCCGUCCUGACUCGCAUCGGCAUGGAGACAUCGCUCCGCUACGCCAUCCAGCUGAUCAGCACCGCGGGACUGGUGUGUCGCAAACGCAAGGGAACAGAGGUCCAGGUGGAGGACAUAAAGAGAGUCUACUCUCUGUUCCUGGAUGAGAGCAGAUCCUCUCAGUACAUGAAGGAGUAUCAGGACUCUUUCCUCUUCAAUGAAACACAAACACCUCAGAUGGACACCUCGUAAUGAAGACGACCGCUUUGUUUUGAUUCUGUUUAAAGUUUCUGUGUUGAGCCCCGUCCGAGGCGCGAGGCAGUUCACGGCUGGAUUGGAGAGUACUUUGAAAUUUUCCCCGUUAACAUCAGUUCUACAUGAUUUGCAGAUUUCAAACUCUGACUUACCCUGUAUACUGUUCAUCGUUGAGGCUUUGUGGCAGACCGCUCCACUCCUUCAGUGAUCUCUUUCUUCUUCUUGUUGAGUUUUUUAUUUUCUCGGUUUAUUUUUAUGAAAAUAAAUAAACAAGCUUUUCUAAGCAAACUGUGA